AAUACAUUUUAAUAGGUUUAUUGUCAGUGUUAAUGCGCGACCAAGCCAAUUUACCCGGUGACAAUCCCAAAUGGAUAGUCCUCGACGGCGACAUUGAUCCCAUGUGGAUCGAAUCAUUGAACACUGUGAUGGACGAUAACAAAGUCCUAACAUUAGCCAGCAAUGAACGAAUAGCCCUAACGCCUGUGAUGAGAUUGCUGUUCGAAAUAUCCAAUUUGAGAACCGCCACUCCUGCCACUGUCUCCAGAGCCGGCAUCUUGUACAUCAACCCUCAAGACUUAGGCUGGAAUCCUUACGUCACCAGCUGGAUAGAAACCAGGGAAAUCCCGACGGAAAAGUCGAAUUUGAUCAUGCUCUUCGACAAGUACAUUCCGGCGUGUUUGGAGAACGUGAGGACGCGCUUCAAGAAGAUCAUACCGAUCGUGGAGACGUCGCAUCUCUCGAUGCUGUGCCAUCUGCUGGACGUGGUGCUUACGCCGCAGAAUGUCCCGCUCGAUUGCCCGAAGGAGUGGUACGAGUUGUACUUCGUGUUUUGCUGCGUUUGGGCGUUCGGAUCGGCGAUGUUCCUGGAACAGGCUACCGAUUACAGGAUUGAGUUUACCAAAUGGUGGGUGAAUGAGUUUAAGACGGUGAAAUUUCCACCUGCUGGGACUAUAUUCGAUUAUUACAUCGAUCAUGAAACGAAGCAGUUCGCUCCUUGGACCGAAACUCUUGGAAGGUUCGAAUUGGAUCCUGAUGUUCCUUUACAGGCAGUAUUGGUGCACACAGCAGAAUCGAUUAGAGUUCGGUAUUUCUUAGACCUCUUGUUGAAGAAACGAACGCCAGUUAUGCUAGUGGGUAACGCAGGUUGUGGCAAAACUGUAUUAGUAAACGAAAAGCUAUCGUCCUUAUCGGAUAGUUACGCAAUUACCAAUAUCGCUUUUAAUUUCUACACCACAUCGGAAAUGCUCCAAAAGAUACUAGAGAAGCCAUUGGAGAAGAAAGCGGGUAGAAAUUAUGGACCUCCCGGUAACAAAACCAUGAUAUACUUCAUCGACGACAUGAAUAUGCCUGAAGUUGAUACUUACGGAACUGUCCAACCUCACACGCUAAUUCGACAACAUUUAGAUUACAGACAUUGGUACGAUAGAAACAAACUGUCGCUCAAAGAAAUCCACAAUUGCCAGUACGUUUCCUGCAUGAACCCCACGGCGGGAAGCUUCACCAUAAACCCCCGGCUGCAGCGCCACUUCUGCGUCUUCGCCAUUUGCUUCCCCAGCGGCGACGCUUUGACCACGAUCUACAAGAGCAUCCUCAGCCAGCACCUCGCCAAUCCGGAGUGCAAAUUCCCGUCGUACAUCGCCAAACUGUGCGAUAACGUGGUCGCCGCGACCAUCGCCCUCCAUCACAAGACCUCCCAAAUCUACCUACCCACCGCCGUCAAAUUCCACUACAUCUUCAAUCUGAGAGACAUCUCCAACGUGUUCCAGGGCUUGCUGUUCAGCACCAACGAUUGCUUGAACCAGCCCACCGACUUCGUCAAAUUGUGGCUGCACGAGUGCCAGCGCGUGUACGGCGACAAACUAACCGAGGAGAAAGACAUCGACGCCUUCGGCAAGCUCCAACUGGACAUAUUCAAGAAGAACUUCGAGGAAAUCGACGAGUCCAUCGUGUUCGAGAAACCCAACAUUUACUGCCACUUCGCCGGCGGCAUCGGCGAGCCCAAGUACAUGCCGGUGAAGAAGUGGACCAGCCUGUCGAAGCUGCUCAACGAGGCCAUGGCGAGUUACAACGACCUGGUGGCCGCCAUGAACCUGGUGCUCUUCGAGGACGCCAUGAUGCACAUCUGCCGGAUCAACAGGAUCUUGGAGUCUCCGAGAGGCAGCUCGCUGCUGGUGGGCGUCGGCGGCAGCGGCAAGCAAUCGCUGUCCAGGCUGGCGGCGUUCAUAUCCUCCUUGGAGGUGGCGCAGAUCCAGCUGAAGAAAGGCUACGGUGUGCUGGAUUUAAGGAAGGAGCUGUCUUCGUUGUAUAUGAAGAGCGGCAUGAAGAACGUCGGGAUAAUGUUCCUGAUGACCGACGCUCAAGUGCACAACGAGCAGUUUCUCGUUUUGAUCAACGACAUGCUGGCGUCUGGAGAGAUUCCGGAUAUGUUUCCAGACGAUGAGAUAGAGAAUAUAAUAGCGGGCGUGCGCAACGAAGUCAAAGGCGCCGGAAUUUUAGACACCAGGGAAAAUUGUUGGAAAUUCUUCAUCGAUCGCGUCAGGAGGCAGUUGAAAGUAGUCCUUUGCUUCUCGCCAGUGGGCUCUACACUUAGAGUAAGAGCCAGGAAAUUCCCAUCGUUAAUCAACUGUACACAAGUGAAUUGGUUCCACGAGUGGCCGCAAGAAGCUUUAGUAUCAGUAGCGUUAAGAUUCCUUCAAGAAUUAACCGUCUUACCGGGCGACUUGCACGAAUCCUCAGCUCGCUUCAUGGCCUACGCUCACACAUCGGUCAAUCAAAUAUCCAAAGUGUACUUGCAAAACGAGCGGCGAUACAACUACACCACGCCCAAAUCCUAUCUAGAACAAAUCAACCUGUACUCGAAACUCCUCCGGCAGAAGUCCGAGGAGCUCCUGUCGAAGGUGAAGCGCUUGGAAAACGGCUUGGACAAACUGCGCAGCACCUCCGUCCAAGUCGACGAGCUGAAGAAGAAGCUCGCCGUGCAGGAGAUCGAAUUGAAGGAGAAGAACGAGGCGGCCGAUCGGCUCAUCGAAAUCGUCGGCGUGGAAACCGAGAAGGUCUCCAUCGAGAAGAACCUCGCCGACGAGGAGGAGGAACGAGUGGCCGUCAUCGCCGAGGAGGUCAGCAAGAAGCAGAAAGACUGCGAGGAGGAUUUACUCAAAGCCGAACCGGCCCUACUCGCCGCGCAAGAGGCGCUUAACACCUUGAACAAGGCGAAUUUAACCGAGCUCAAGUCUUUUGGAUCACCUCCGGGGGCCGUUACGAACGUAACCGCAGCCGUGAUGGUCCUUCUGUCGCCGGCUGGUAAGAUACCGAAGGACCGAAGCUGGAAGUCGGCGAAGCUGAUGAUGGCCAAGGUCGACGCGUUCCUCGACUCGCUCAUCAACUACGACAAGGAGAACAUCCAUCCGGAGGUGACCAAGGCGAUAGAGCCGUACUUGAAGGACGCGGAAUUCGAGCCGGAGUUCGUGCGGUCGAAGUCCGCCGCGGCGGCGGGCCUGUGCGCCUGGGUCAUCAACAUCAUCAAGUUCUUCGAGGUGUUCUGCGACGUGGAGCCGAAGAGGAAGGCGCUGGCCGCCGCCAAUUUGGAGCUGGCCGCGGCGCAGGAGAAGCUCAACUCGAUCAAAAGAAAAGUCGCUUCUUUGGAAGAACAACUCGCGAAGCUUACGGCCGAUUUCGAAACGGCCACCAAGGAGAAGCUGUUGUGUCAACAGGAAGCUGAUGCUACUAAUGCUACUAUACAGCUGGCCAAUCGUUUGGUUGGCGGAUUGGCUAGUGAAAACGUCCGAUGGGCUGAAGCUGUUAACCGUUUUAUAGAAAGCGGGAAAAUGAUGCCUGGAGAUAUUUUGUUAACUACAGCGUUCAUUUCAUACGUUGGUUGUUUCACCAAGCAAUUCAGGUUGGACCUCUUGCACAAAAUGUGGUUACCAUUUUUAAUAAACUUGGAUCCCAAAGUUCCGCUCACAGAAAAUUUGGAUCCUCUGUGCCUGCUUACAGACGAUACAAUCAUAGCGAAAUGGCAAAACGAAGGCUUGCCCAGCGAUCGAAUGUCUAUAGAAAACGCUACAAUUUUAUCAAAUUCUGAACGAUGGCCUCUUAUGAUAGAUCCGCAAUUACAAGGAAUAAAAUGGAUCAAGCAACGAUACGGAGACGAUCUCAAAGUGAUCCGACUAGGUCAAAAGAGCUACCUGGACGUCAUCGAACGAUCCAUAACCGAAGGAGUAACGGUGCUUCUGGAGAACAUCGAAGAGAAUUUGGAUCCGGUCCUGGACACGCUUCUCGGAAGGUAUCUAAUCAAGAAGGGGAAAGCGAUAAAAAUCGGCGACAAGGAAAUCGAAUACAACCCGAACUUCCAUCUGAUCCUCCACACGAAACUGGCGAAUCCCCACUACAAACCCGAAAUGCAAGCCCAAGCCACCCUCAUCAAUUUCACGGUAACCAGAGACGGCCUCGAAGACCAGCUCCUGGCUGAAGUCGUGAAAGCCGAACGACCCGACCUGGAGGAGCUGAAGGCGGAUUUGACGAAGCAACAGAACGACUUCAAGAUCAUACUGAAAUCGCUGGAGGACGAUUUGCUAUCCAGGCUUUCGUCCGCCGGCGGUAAUUUACUGGGCGACACGACUCUGGUGGAGAAUCUGGAAACCACCAAACGCACCGCCGCCGAAAUCGAGGAGAAAGUCGCGGAGGCCAAGAUCACCUCCGCUCAAAUCGAUCAAGCUAGAGAGCAUUAUCGGCCCGCUGCGGCUCGAGCUAGUUUGCUCUAUUUCAUUUUAAACGAAUUGAACACCAUCAAUCCGAUCUACCAGUUCUCUUUAAAAGCAUUCAGCGUCGUUUUCCAAAAAGCCAUAUCCAGAGCAGAUCCCGCUGAAACCGUCAACGCCAGAGUCAACAACCUGAUAUCCUGCAUAACUUUUUCAGUUUUCCAGUACACCACCAGAGGCCUCUUCGAAUGCGACAAGUUGAUUUUCGCCUCUCAGAUGACAUUCCAGAUUCUGCUGAUGAGCGAAGAAAUCCUGGCCACCGAUCUGGAUUUCCUUCUGCGGUUUCCGCUCAAGCCGCACGUGACCAGCCCGGUGGAGUUCCUCUCGAACUCCAGCUGGGGAGGCAUCUGCAGCCUGGCGACCAAGGACGAAUUCCGCAACCUCGACAGGGACAUCGAGAACUCGCCGAAGCGCUGGAAGAAGCUGGUGGAGUGCGAGUGCCCCGAGCGCGAGAAGUUCCCGCAGGAGUGGAAGAGCAAGACGGCCUUGCAGCGAUUGUGCAUGAUGAGAGCGCUGAGGCCCGACAGGAUGAUCUACGCUAUGAUGGCUUUCAUCGAAGAGAAACUCGGCGCGAAAUACGUGGAAAACAAGACGGUGGAGUUCGAUAAGUCUUUCGAGGAGACCAGCCCUUCCACGCCGAUUUUCUUCAUUCUCUCUCCGGGCGUGAAUCCGCUGAAAGACGUGGAGAAUCUCGGAGAGAAGUUAGGAUUCACGGCCGAUAAGCAAAAUUUCCACAACGUUAGUUUAGGCCAAGGGCAAGAAAUAAUCGCCGAAAACGCCAUGGAAGUGGGAGCGAAAAACGGCCAUUGGGUGGUUCUACAAAACAUCCACUUAGUCAAGAAAUGGUUGCCUUCGUUGGAGAAAAAGCUGGAGCAAUAUGCAGAAGGAUCGCAUCCAGAUUACAGGGUGUUCAUGAGCGCCGAACCAGCAGCAAGCGCCAGCGCUCACAUCAUCCCCCAGGGUAUUCUCGAAUCAUCCAUCAAAAUAACCAACGAGCCGCCUACCGGCAUGCAGGCCAACCUGCACAAGGCUUUGACCAAUUUCAACCAAGAAACGCUCGAGCAAUGCGGCAAAGAAGCGGAAUUCAAAGUCAUACUAUUCUCUUUGUGCUACUUCCACGCCGUCGUCGCGGAGAGGAGGAAAUUCGGCCCGCAAGGCUGGAACAAAAUCUACCCCUUCAACGUCGGCGAUCUCACCAUCAGCGUCUUCGUGCUCUUCAACUACCUGGAGGCCAAUUCCAAAGUCCCGUGGGAGGAUCUGCGGUACCUCUUCGGGGAAAUCAUGUACGGCGGGCACAUCACCGACGAUUGGGACAGGCGAUUGUGCAUCACCUAUUUGGAAGAGCUGAUGCAACCUGACUUGGUUGACGGAGAGUUGCAGUUAGCCCCGGGGUUUUCGGCGCCGCCUAACACCGACUACGCCGGCUACCACCAAUACAUCGACGACAUGAUGCCGCCCGAAUCUCCCUACUUGUACGGGCUCCAUCCCAACACGGAAAUCGGAUUUCUAACCACCACGGCCGAGAAUCUCUUCAAGACGGUGUUCGAGAUGCAGCCGAGAGACGGAGGAGCCACCGGCGGCGCCACCGUCACGCGAGAGGACAAGGUGAAGCAAAUGGUCGACGAGAUGCUCGAGAAACUGCCGGAGGAUUUCAAUAUGGUGGAGAUAAUGGGGAAAGUCGAGGAACGCACCCCCUACGUGAUCGUGGCUUUCCAGGAGUGCGAACGCAUGAACUAUCUGACGACGGAAAUCAAGCGGUCGCUGAAGGAAUUGGAGCUGGGCAUUAAAGGGGAAUUGACCAUCACGUCGGAUAUGGAGGAUUUGGAGAACGCCCUGUUUCUCGAUCAAGUACCGCCCGUUUGGGCCCAAAGGGCUUACCCCUCGCUGCUGGGCUUGAGCCCCUGGUUCGUAGACCUGCUGUUGAGGAUAAGAGAACUGGAAACUUGGUCUACCGAUUUCGUGCUACCCGCAUCCGUUUGGCUCGGAGGCUUCUUCAAUCCCCAGUCCCUUCUCACCGCCAUAAUGCAAAGCACUGCAAGAAGAAACGAACUACCUUUAGACAAAAUGUGCCUGCAGUGCGAUGUUACUAAAAAACAAAAAGAAGAAUUCACGAGCGCCCCGAGGGAAGGAGCCUACAUCCACGGGCUGCACAUGGAAGGGGCGCGCUGGGACGUCCAGACGGGCGUCAUCAUGGAUUCCCGCUUGAAGGAGCUCUACCCCGCGAUGCCGGUGAUCAACGUGAGAGCCAUCACGCAGGACAAGCAGGACCUGCGCAACAUGUACGAGUGUCCGGUGUACAAGACCCGCACGAGGGGCCCGACGUACGUGUGGACGUUCAAUCUGAAGAUCAAGGACAAACCGGCCAAGUGGACUUUGGCCGGUGUUGCACUUUUAUUGCAGAUAUAAAGUAAAUUAAAUGCGUUAUUGAGGGUUUUUUAUUUUUCUAGACUACCUACUACAUUUUUAUGAAGUUGUCUACUAGAAAGGUAACUUUGUUAUGGAAUUGAACUUGAUUAAUCUGUUUGAUUUCGAGGUGGUUUCAACGUGAGUAAAUCUGGAUCAAUAGAAAUAUCACUAUCAGUCGAUAAUAGCGUUAAAUUUUCUUCCACGCGGUCUUCCAAACCGGUGCCGAGUAGAAUGUUGUCCUCGAUCAUAUUCGCUUGAAUCGAGUUCGUUAUUCU